AUGUUGAGGUUUGUAACAUCAUCUGCGCCCAAAUUCUUUGCCACAAACCCUCUUCGGACCAUUUCACCCUUUGCUUCUCGCUUCCCAGUUCGUUCCAUGGCUGACUCUGCCCCUUUUAACAAAAUCCAGAUUCAAAGAGAUGACAACACAACAUUUGAUGCAUAUGUCAUUGGCAAACAAGAUGCUCCUGGAAUUGUUGUGCUCCAAGAGUGGUGGGGUGUGGAUUUUGAAAUUAAAAACCAUGCUGCCUUGAUUUCUCAACUUAGUCUUGGAUUUAAAGCUCUUAUCCCAGAUCUGUACAGAGGAAAGGUUGGUCUGGAUGUUGCAGAAGCACAGCAUUUGUUUGACGGUCUUGAUUGGCCAGGUGCUGUGAAGGAUAUCCAUGCUUCAGUCGACUGGCUUAAAUCAAAUGGAUCAAAGAAGGUUGGUGUAACUGGAUUUUGUAUGGGGGGUGCUCUCGCAAUUGCAAGCUCUGUGCUGGUUCCACAUGUUGAUGCUGUUGUGGCGUUCUAUGGAGUUCCUUCUUCUGAACUUGCAGACCCUGCUAAGGCCAAGGCUCCUGUUCAGGCUCACUUUGGAGAGCUGGACAAUUUUGUUGGCUUUUCAGAUGUUACGGCUGCAAAGGCUUUGGAGGAGAAGCUAAAGGCAUCCGGGGUUCCAAACGAGGUAUACAUAUACCCUGGCAACACUCAUGCAUUCAUGAACAGGUCUCCAGAAGGAAUAACUAGGAGGAAGAACAUGGGAUUGCCUGACGAAGAUGAAGCUUCAGUUCAGCUGGCGUGGUCUCGCUUCCAAUCAUGGAUGACAAAGUACUUGUCCAGCUAG